CCAGGCAGGAAGACGUCGGGGGAGAAUACGACCUCGCGGCUCGUUUGGGAGCGAUGGACGGCGGCGACCUUGACGUCGGUGGGAAGCUGACGACGGCGGAGAGGACGGCAGUGGCAGCGGCUGUUACUGCAGUCCUCUUUCGUUGUCAGAUGGAGAGGACGGCGGGGAGAAUGAAAGCGCAGAUCCGUGCGAGGAGGAGGAAGGUCACGCAGUGCACAGCACUGGAAGGCCCUGGGUUGGACACCGCUGCCAUCUGCGAUGUCGUCGUUCACGUGUGCUGCACCUUGGGUUGCGGAACUCUUCCCAGAGCAACGCCGAGAUGGUGGAUGAAAAGGAGGACGGGUGGGGAGUGGGAGGAUCUGCGGCAAUGCGAUGACGCGACGGAGGACUACUUUCGGGACAAGCUGCGCAUGUCACCACGUGUCUUCCGGGAGAUUGCAGAAGCUCUCUCACCGUUGCUGCAGCGCCGUGUGACAUUCUACAGGGAGCCGCUGCAGCCAGAUCAGAUCGUCGCGUACGCGUUGUACAGGUGGGCGUCGGGGGAGACGUAUGACUCGAUAUGAGGGCAGCACGUGUAACUUCGGCAUCGACAGAG